CCUUUGGGAAGCUCUGGCAGGCGUUUUCUUCUUUUUUUUUUUUCUCUUUCUGGAUGCGGAAACGGUACGACGUGUGACCCCUGAGAUCUGAGAUCUUCCCGAUUAUUGUACGACCUGGUCACAAUCUGAACUUUGGGUCGAUCCAUUGACCCCCAGGCAAUCACGAUCCUUGCCCCUUCAAAAGCAUCGCUCUAUCCUGCGGGGUGCCGCUGCAACAUUUGCUAUUCACUCGAGGAGGGGAUGUGCGAGCAGUGCAUCCGGACUCGCCACGUUUAGAGACGUUGCAAACAUGAGCCUUGUUCAAGUACUGAAAGCUCUGGGAGCUUUCGAGGAUGAUAGUCACACCCUCUAUCCUCGUACAUACAUGAAGGAUGGGGUGACCAUGGACAUCGAUCCGCUCCCGAGCACUCAGCGCAAGGGCCUCAUUGCUGUCUCAGUCAUGGCCAUUCUUUCCUUUCUGGCCACACUUGCCUUAAUCUCGUUCAUUACCUAUCGACUUGUUUUCUGGCGGGGAUCCUAUACGCGGUACAUCGGUUACAACCAGUACAUCAUUCUAAUCUAUAACCUUGUGUUGGCCGAUUUACAACAGUCGCUCGCUUUCUUGAUUUGCAUCAAAUGGAUUUCGGAAAACAAGAUGUCUGCCGACACUGCCGGGUGCUUCCUUCAGGGUCUCUGGCUUCAGAUUGGUGACCCGUCUAGUGGUCUCUUUGUGCUUGCUAUUGCCAUUCAUACAUUCCUUUUGGUAGCAUUGGGUUAUAAGUUGAGCCACCGAGUGUUCGUGGCAUCUGUGGUGGGGAUCUGGGUCUUUGUCGCUGUUUUGGUCGUCAUUCCACUUGCCUCAUAUGGACGUUACGUUUUCAUCCCAUCAGGUGCCUGGUGCUGGAUCAGCGAGGACUACGAAGCGAUGCGUUUAUGGACACAUUAUAUCUGGAUUUUCUUAGCGGAGUUCGGCACCGUGACCCUGUACGCGAUCAUGUGGUUCCAACUCCGUCGUCGCAUCAAGCAGUCCGCUAUUUUGGGCAGUAGCCACAUCGAAAGUCUCAAGCGUCUUCGUCGUGUCAUCGGAUACAUGGUUAUUUAUCCGAUUGCUUAUAUCGUCCUCUCGCUUCCUCUUGCCGCCGGACGUAUGGCCACUGCCCAGGGCGACCCUCCUAACGUCGCCUACUUUUGUGUAGCUGGUGCGAUGAUUACUAGCUCCGGCUUGGUCGAUGCUCUAUUGUACACUUUGACCCGCCGCAACUUGAUCCUGGAAUCGGAACCCAGUCACGAUCGCAGCUACAAUAAAUUCGUCAGCAGCAAAAACCGCAAGACGGACAACAACCAUUUGACGACCAUCACGGCCGACCCGAAAUACACCCGUACCGACAUCAGCGCCCUACGCAUGGGCCGCCACGAAGAAGAGGACCUGGAAGGUACGGUACGAGACGGAUCCACCGACAACAUCGUACAGACGAACGCUGUCGAGCUGUCUACUCUCGGAAAGGUGUAUCAGCACACCACGAUUGAGAUCACCAGCGAGCCGGCCUUCCCCGUAGAGGCCGAAACGAGCGAUCACUCUAGCAGAGGAUCCUUUGACGGCUCUUCCGACAGCGGCAAAGGACAAGCCUCGAGGAUGUGGGGAAGGUAGGCCGCAACGCCUGGGAUGACGCCGGAUCUGAUGUUCAGACUAUUACGCCUUUCAUACUCUCAUACGCACGCCCCUUUUCAUAUAAUACAACUAAUUCAUGCCCCCCUUCCAUUCUGUUUCUGGAUCUUGAGACUCCCAGGCAGACCUCCACCGAUUCUCUUUUUUUUUUCUUCUGAUUUUCCUGGAGCGAUCGCCAUCGCUCUAUUCUGUACACAUUGUGCACAUGUAUAUACUGACCUUCUGAUAUACCAACUCCACAAUUACAUUGCCUUGU